UCUCGUAUUGCCCAUGAUACAUUAGAGAAUACGAUUGUAAUCUCUUCGUAAUCUGAAGACAGACGCUAAAUCCCUCUACUUAAAUUGCUUUAAARCUAUGAAUAGCCUCGCUCUCAGAUGAGAGCAUCAUAGCCGACAAACAUCGUAAUAUUCCUCGAUUAGAACGAGGUGACUCCCAAGGCGGACGGUAUUCAGUCCGUCCACCUAAARUCUGGCAGGUUUUUGCCUAGGCUACGGAUAAAAUGUGGGAUGAAGUUGAUCCGUCUGCGCCGGUUAAGUAUGGCGCUGUCAUAGCGGUCACAGUGAUCUGCGUUGUUCUGUUGAGAAAAUGGAUUGCUGGGGGUGUGUGUCAAUCUUCAGUCCAAUUACGUGGCAAGACGGUGUUGGUCACCGGUGCCAACACCGGCAUUGGCAAGGAAACGUGCCGUGACAUGGCACGUAGAGGGGCGCGGGUGGUGAUGGCAUGCCGGGACCUGACACGGGCUGCGAGCGCGGCGGACGAGAUUCGUCAGGCCACGGGGAACAGCAACAUCGUAGUGCGGCACCUGGACCUGGCCUCUAUGUACUCUGUCAGAGAGUUGGCCAAAGAGUUCACUGCCAGUGAGGAUCGCCUAGAUAUACUCAUCAACAACGCCGGUGUGAUGAUGUGCCCUAAGUGGCUAACAGAGGACGGCUUCGAGACACAACUGGCUGUCAAUCACCUCGGACACUUUCUGCUGACCAAUCUCCUUCUGGGGAAGCUCAAGAGCUCCGCCCCUAGCCGUGUGGUCAAUGUGUCUAGCAUUGCACACAAAGGGGGUAAGAUCCAGUUUGAUGAUCUCUUCUUUGCCAAGAGGCCGUACAACUCCCUGGUCAGUUACAGGCAGAGCAAGCUGGCCAACGUGCUAUUCUCCAGAGAGCUGGCCAGAAGGUUGAAAGGUACGGGGGUGACGUCCUACAGCCUGCAUCCCGGGGUGAUCAGGACAGAGCUGACUCGCCACGUGGAGACUUGGUUCCCCAUGCUGAGGGCCAUCCUGUCAGCCCCCUCCGUGCUCCUCAUGAAGACCCCCACCCAGGGUGCCCAGACCUCCAUCUACUGUGCUGUCACCCCAGGGCUGGAGCACAAGUCUGGCAGCUACUUCAGUGACUGUGCCAUGACGGAGACUGCCCCAGAGGGGAGGGAUGAUGCGGUGGCCAAGAGGCUUUGGAAGGAGAGUGCCCGUCUGGUGGGUUACAUAGAAAAAGACUGAACAACCCCCUCUACCUGAAAACUAUAGAGAAAGACUGAACAACCCCCUCCACCUGAAAACUAUAGAGAAAGAGUGUACAACCCCCACCCCCUCACCUCAAACUAUAGAGAAAGACUGAACAACCCCCUCCACCUUCAAACCAUAGAGAAAGACUGAAACAACCCCCCCCCACCUUCAAACUAUAGAGAAAGACUGAACAACCCCCUCCACCUUCAAACCAUAGAGAAAGACUGAACAACCCCCACCACACGAAAACCAUAGAGAAAGACUGAACAUUCCCCUCCAUCUUCAAACCAUAGAGAAAGACUGAACAAUCCCCUCCAUCUGAAAACUGGGAACUCAUGAACUUGGACAGCCCCAACCCUCUCUGACAAACAGCAUCAACAGAUUGGACGACAGGUACCAAGGAAUCCUCAAGUCUUCUCUGACCUCUCAAUAUAAAAAAACCUGUAAGGAGUCUUCAAAAAGACAUUCAUGGGUGAUGUAUAGUUACCAGGUUGGGGCGUCCAUGCUUACCUUGGAGAUUGCAGACUGAAAGACUAACAGACCUGUAGGAACUCAACUCGGGACAAAAAGUCCUUUCACCUCACUAUGCUGGAGAUCAGAUAUCCAAUACAUUUUUUGGAGCCUCCAUCGCCAGUCAUUCUUGUAGUAUUCUGGCCCCUGUUAACAGGGGCGUCAUGUACCCCAACAAUCUGAGGUUUAACGGGGGUCAUGUACCCCAAAAAUCUGAGGUUUAACAGGGGCGUCAUGUCUCCUAUAAAUCUGAGGUUUAACAGGGGCGUCAUGUACCCCAACAAUCUGAGGUUAAACGGGGCUCAUGUACCCCAAAAAUCUGAGGUUUAACAGGGGCGUCAUGUCCCCCAUAAAUCUGAGGUUUAACAGGGGCGCCAUGUACCCCAAAAACCUGAGGUGGCACAAAGUAUGUGAUGAUGGCUGGGUUGGUGGUUGGAUAAUUUAGCAAUUUUUAAACACCUGAAACAGCUUUUUCCUGCAAUCUAGAGCCAUGAUCAUUAUGUUUAAUUUUAUGUUAAAAAUAUGUAUAUUUUUCUGCAUAUCUCAGCAUACUUUUUGAACUGUCUGAAUCGACCUGACUGGGGGUUCUUUUUUUAAAGGAACAAAAUAUUCUUCUCUACAUCUCUGCUAAAAAUCUGGGUAAAAGAUUGAAAGGAAUGUGAGUCUUAUUCAGUACAUUUAAUAAUUCCUCACUUUUCUAAAGUCUACCAACCUUGCCAGCAGGCAUGCCAGCUAAGAUAGUUAGACAAGCUAGCUACUCUAACUUGUUAGCCUGAGAUGGCUUCUUUAUAGCUAGUUAUGAGGUUGGGAGAUUGGGAACCUAUCUGGGCUAGCUAAAGCCAACUUCAUAAAAUUGCUAGGAGGCUAUUUAUUUUUUAAUCUAUAAAAAUAGGACACAUCUGAAGGGGCACGUGCCCCUGUGCCGCCUAUGGGCAUUAUGCCUCUGCCUGACAAUAUGAAUGUCAGUUGAGAGUGUUGUACUUGGUAGCUUAGUACAUUGGGAUGAAUAUUACACUGGUGAUCAUGCAUUUACUGCAGUUUAACACUUUAGAGUGUCAUGUUUAUGAAAUAAGCAGGUAAAUAGUAUAUUUCAUCAUUAGAGAUUGCAGGUAAUUAUUGCCAAGUAUUCACCUGGUUAUUUCCUGAGGGCACUGUAAAAGCAUGUUUAUACUAAAUGUUCUCUGUAAAGAGUAGUUGUCUUUUGGAAUUCACUCCUGAAAUGGGAAACUACUGAUGGUCGUUCUGUUUUUCAAGGAAGGAUCAUCUUCAAGGUAAUUUUGCAAAGUAGCAACAAGGACUAUCUCAAAUAAAAUUUUAGCUUUGUUUCUGU